AUGAGUAAUGGCACAAAUAGCGACGGUCGUGAACGAAUUCCAAGAGAAAAGUUACACGAACAAAAUGAACAGUUGACACAAAAACAAGUACAAACUUUACAAUUUGUUCAGGAGAUAGCACGUGAAAAUAAGGCACUGAAGGCCACAAUCGCUGAAUAUGAGAAAGAGAAGGAGAAAUGUAAGGAGAUUCAUGCCAUCGCUGAAGAGAGUCAGAAACGACUGAAGCAGAUGCAGGAACAACUUCAGCAGAGAGGAGAUGAAAUUAAUGCGAUGUUACUGGAGAAACACAAGGAAGAGAUUCCAGCGGAGACAGACCCUGAGAUGAUGAAAGUUCUAGAAGAAAAAGUGGAAGGAGAAAGACAACUGACAUUGGAGAAAAAUGAGCUUCGGGACCGUGUGGACAAACUUGAGCACACUAAUCAGGAAUUACUCUUACGACUGGAAGGACAAACGGCUCUGCAGAGCAGAAUAGAGGACGAGCAGAAGUUAUCCAAAUCAUAUAAGGAUGAAAAUGAAGAACUGAAGCGGGAACUAGAAAGCUUGAGACAUCAGAAACGUCAACCUGUUGAUUUUGAAGAAUUAGAUAUGAUGAAAGCCAGAAAUAACCAGCUUUUACAGGAGCUAAGGGAGGCAAACCAGAAAAACAUGGAACUCAACUUUCGUCUCAGUAAAUUGGAGAAGGAGUUAUCACAACAGGAAGAGGAUAAGGACAAGGUGACCUUGAUAGAGAACCUCAAGGUCAAAGUCACACAAAUGCAGGCAGAACGAGGAAGUGCUCUGGAAAAAGAACGUAAUUAUGAAAAAUUGAUUAGAGAACUGCAAGCGGAAAUUAUGAGUUUAAAAGAGUCCUAUGUGAUAUUGGAAUCAGAUAAACAAAGGAUUUAUGCAGAGUAUCAAAGAAUUAUGACAGAACUUAUGUAUUUACGUAAAAAGGAUUCAAUUGAUAGCGCAAGUAAGUCGUUCAAAGAUUUUGUACAAUUGAAGAGAGAAUUGAAUGAAGUUAAAAGUGAAAAUAGUGACUUACGACGAAUGGUGAAGCCAUCACAGUUGCCAAUGUUGAAGGACAGUGAGAGUGUGAAGAGAGUAGAAGAAAGGCGAGGAUCGGGUUCUUCACAAGCCUCAAAGUCCUCAAACAGUGGCAGACAAAAACAGCAAAGAACAAAGAGUUUGAACUUUUUAACUAGUUAA